AUGGCUGCUGUAGCUACCGCUAACAUCGACAAACUGAAAUCUGAAGUCGCUGCUCUGAGCCAAAUCAGCGACAAUGAGAAAAAUGGAUUCAUCAACCUCGUCUCUCGUUAUGUCAGUGGAGGAGAAGCAGAUCAUGUGGAGUGGAGUAAGAUCCAGACUCCUACUGAUGAAGUAGUGGUCCCUUAUGAUGGCUUGGCACCUACUCCUGACGAUCCUGCGGAGAUCAAGAAGCUUUUGGACAAACUUGUGGUGCUAAAGCUUAAUGGAGGUUUGGGAACAACAAUGGGUUGCACUGGCCCCAAGUCUGUCAUUGAAGUUCGAAAUGGGUUGACAUUUCUGGACUUAAUUGUCAUCCAGAUUGAGACUCUCAAUAACAAAUAUGGGAGCAGUGUUCCCCUGCUUUUGAUGAACUCAUUCAACACUCAUGAUGAUACACAGAAGAUUGUAGAAAAGUACACCAAGUCAAAUGUUGAGAUUCAUACUUUUAACCAGAGUCAGUAUCCUCGUCUGGUUGUUGAAGAUUUUUCGCCAUUUCCAUCCAAAGGACAGACUGGCAAGGAUGGAUGGUAUCCUCCUGGCCAUGGUGAUGUGUUCCCAUCCCUAAAGAACAGUGGCAAACUUGAUCUGUUAUUGUCACAGGGUAAGGAGUAUGUGUUUGUUGCUAACUCGGACAACUUGGGUGCUGUUGUUGAUUUGAAAAUUCUAAAUCAUUUGAUCCACAAAAAGAACGAAUACUGCAUGGAGGUGACACCAAAAACAUUGGCAGAUGUGAAGGGUGGCACUCUGAUCUCUUAUGAGGGAAGGGUUCAGCUCCUGGAAAUUGCUCAAGUCCCUGAUGCACAUGUCAAUGAAUUCAAGUCCAUAGAGAAGUUCAAAAUUUUCAACACAAAUAAUUUGUGGGUGAACUUGAAUGCAAUUAAAAGGCUCGUGGAAGCUGAUGCACUUAAGAUGGAAAUUAUCCCAAACCCAAAGGAAGUGGAUGGAGUCAAAGUUCUCCAGCUAGAAACUGCGGCUGGUGCAGCAAUCAGGUUCUUUAAUCAUGCUAUUGGUAUCAAUGUACCUCGAUCUCGAUUUCUUCCAGUGAAGGCAACUUCUGAUUUGCUUCUUGUCCAGUCUGACCUUUAUACCUUAGAAGAUGGCUUUGUUAUCCGGAACAAAGCUAGAACAAAUCCUGCAAAUCCAACUAUUGAACUGGGGCCUGAAUUUAAGAAGGUUGGCAAUUUCUUGAGUCGAUUCAAGUCAAUUCCCAGCAUCCUUGAGCUCGAUAGCCUUAAGGUGUCUGGUGAUGUGUGGUUCGGUGCUGGCGUUGUUCUCAAGGGGAAAGUAACUAUCACAGCAAAAUCUGGGGUGAAGUUGGAAAUUCCUGAUAAUGCCGUGCUUGAGAACAAGGAUAUCAAUGGCCCUGAGGACCUCUAA